AUGAAACAAAAUAUUCACCAUUCCGUCAGUGCAUAUGAUCAAUCUUAUACGAGCAGCAGCAGCAGUUGUUGUUGUUGUUGUUGUCAAUGUCAUUGCUGUUACCAGCAUAUUGAGGAUGAUUGCAGUAUUAGCAUACCGGAAGAGAACCAACAAUCUAUUUCUCCUUGGCAAGUCCAUUCUUCAUCCCGAUCAGGCACAGAUCAAUCUUCUUCCUCCAGUUACUGCAGUUGUUCAGCUUCGCUUAUUGAACCUGAUUCGCAUAUAAAACACAACACCGACGCUCAUUCAGUAUCGUCGACAGAUAAUUCAACGCCCUCAGAAGAUUUCGAAAGAUUUGAAGACGACGAAUUCGAGGCAAGAGAUGCGGACAGGCUACAGAGGAAAAAGAAACAUGCUAUUGAGGAAUUACUUCAGACAGAAAAGGUUUACGUGAGAGAUCUAAGCUUUCUAGUACAGGUCUGCUUAAAAGCGCUAUCGCGACAAGAAUGGAUUCCUCAACAAGAUAGAUCUAUGAUUAUGCGGAAUUCUAGUCAAAUUUUGUCAUUUCAUAAGGAGCUUAUGUCCUCCUUCAAUACUACCGCUAGUAAUAACGAAAACCAUUCCUUCAUUGUAAAUGCAUUUUUAGAUCAGAUCGCUCACUUUUCAUUAUACAAACAAUACUGCGAUCUUCACGCAGAAGCGUGGACCCUGACAUCAGAAUACAGAUCUCGACCCGAAUGGGCAGAUUUUCUAAAGGAAUGCUCAAUAAUUCAAACGCAACUGUCAUUAGUGUCGACAACUCUCAACUUAUUCAACAGACAAGGUGAGCAGAAACAAUCCUAUUACGAGCAACAAAAGAAGCUACAUUUCGAGGAUUAUUUGAUUAAGCCGGUGCAGCGGAUAUGCAGAUAUCAAUUACUUAUCAAAGAAAUCAUGAAAUAUAUUCCGCCUCGAUGUACAGAAUACAAUUUGUGGAAAACUUUGUUAGAUAAAAUGCAUGAAAUAGUAACAGAGAUCGAUGAGUUGAAGUAUCAACGGGAGUUAAAAGAGCGUACGGAUCGCUUUAUUCAGCGAUUAAGUGGGGAUUGGAGAUUGACAAAAAAUCAUGUCGCCGAACUGGGCAACAUCAUACUCGCUGGAGCUAUUGAAGUAACUUAUUCUGCUAUUGGUCAAACGUUUUCUAAACCAAAAUAUCUGGGUUGCUUCAUUUUCUCGACUUAUAUGAUUAUGGUUAAGCCGAAGAAGGUAACUUACUAUGAGCCCAAAUACUGGUUUCCACUCUGCUCAGCUACGUUUGAAAACUUAGAAGACAUCGAAGGUCAGAGAGAGCAUUCGUUUGUCGUUCGGUGCAAAAAACAUGCAUUCAUCUUCACUGCCACCUGCUCUCAUGAAAAGCAACUUUGGACUAAAAAGCUGACGCAGGUAAUAAGCGAAUGCAAAGUUAUGGAAUUGAACAAUACAGAUGCAGGAAAUACGAUCAUUUCCUCUCUUCCGGGCAUAUCAGCUGGCUCAACACCUCAGAAAAUUAGAAUAUCAAAGUCGUUUACCGAUUUGCUUGAUAAAACCAUGGCAGGAGUCUCGCUUACAGUAAAUGAUACGUCGAAUGAAACUGUAAUAUGUAGGAAGGAUGCGAGGGAAGUCGCAUCUCCGUUAAAGAGAUCUCUAUCAAGCUACGUCAGAUUUGAUGACAGUUCAACAAAAUCACUUACUGCCUUACCAGCGGGAGGUUAUUCAAGGCAAUCAUCAGCGCAGGUUUCACUGAAAAAACGAUAUUCGGUUGACUAUCAUCCGUCAACAGUGCAUAAGCGACCUGAUAAUUUUGCUUUGAAACCAAGAAACAAUUCUGAACUGUACAUAAAACCAGAUCUGGUAGGCUCUGGAAGAAUCCAAAGAAGACCCAGUUCCUUAGAUCUUUUGUCAUUAACUGCCACUAAUACUACCAAUCUUAUGAUUGGAAAAAUACCUUGGAAAACGAAAAGCAAUUACCAAUUUUCUCUUCGUCUCAUAAUUGAUCAUAAGUUACGCGAUGUUUGCACGCAAGAGUAUUUAUCAUCGAAAGCAUGGUAUUUCAAAGAUAGAGAGUUAUCGCUGGAGCCGCCUGCCACACCCCAAAGCUACGUAAAUAAUUGUAGCGCAACCUCUGCCAGUAAUCUUCCAGGUGUUACUAACGAGCCUCUGAAAAAAUGUAAAUCGUCCUCUUUCAUCAGAACUUCUGCUUCAAGUUUCUCGCUGAUGAUGCAUAAGAGAGCAAUCGAUUCCAAACCUUCCAACUCACGCGCACAUCACAUAUCUGUGACAGAUUUUGAAGAUCAAUCAUGCAUAAGCUCUGCAUACUCGAGUACGGAAAAUAAAAUGGGUGCUCAAGUCCAGGCUGAUAAAGAUUCGUACUGUAAUAUAAGUAGUGGGACGAAUACAACCUUUGAAAAGCAACAAUUGAAAACAAAAUGCUUUAACAAUCGACCAGUGAUUACAAGCCAUGCAUCUCUAACAGGAACGCCUCAACCAUCGGGUAGUGAUGAUACUCUUAUGAAUAGUGACAUUCUAAACAGGAGUUAUAAUGUUAGCUAUACAGAGAGUAACACUCCAAAAAGCAAAUUGUUCGUCGGAAAAGUCUUACAUCGACUCUCCAGUUUUCAUCGAAAAUCGAUGACGCCAUUAUCAUUUGAAUCACAAAUUUUCUUUAAAGAUGAGAAUGCAGAUAGUACAUUAUUGAAGUCGAAAAAGUGCGGCCUGAAAGGGAACAGUCAGGAGUAUUUGUCACGACCAAAAAUAAGCGAUCGGCCAAAAUCAUUUGCUAGCGAUCCAAAUGAAGGGGUAUUUGACCAAAGUAGCAAGGCCUUUUCACGGUUCUCAUUUACGAAUGGUCCAUCCUCUACGAAUACAAAAGAAAAAUCGAAAAAGGAGACUAAAUGGAGAAACAGGUUUAGCUCGCUCCGCGCAACUACCUUUUUCAGAAUGCGUAACAGUGGUUCUCAACCUCUUAAUUAUUAA